AUGGCGUCGGUGUCGUCGUCGGAUCAAGGGCCUAAGACAGAGGCGGGAUGCAGCGGAGGAGGAGGAGGGGAGAGUUCGGAGACUGUGGCGGCGAGUGAUCAGAUGUUGUUGUAUAGAGGUUUUAAGAAGGCGAAGAAGGAGAGAGGUUGCACAGCUAAGGAGCGUAUCAGUAAAAUGCCACCGUGCACGGCUGGUAAAAGGAGUUCCAUAUACCGCGGAGUCACCAGGCAUAGAUGGACAGGUCGUUAUGAAGCUCACCUUUGGGAUAAGAGUACCUGGAACCAAAACCAGAACAAGAAGGGAAAACAAGGUUUCUCUUUUCUCUUCGCAUCCGACAAAAUUUCUUUCCUCAUCAUGUUUGGAAUAUCAAAGCUGAUCAUGUGUUUUUUCCUUGAUAUUUUCAUGGUUGACGGAAAUUUUGCCACACCAGUUUAUCUAGGAGCAUAUGAUGAUGAAGAGGCUGCUGCUAGAGCUUACGACCUGGCUGCCUUAAAAUAUUGGGGACCUGGGACACUCAUAAAUUUUCCGGUGACGGAUUACACGAGGGAUUUAGAAGAAAUGCAAAAUCUUUCAAGGGAAGAAUACCUUGCAUCUCUACGUAGGAAAAGCAGCGGUUUCUCAAGGGGGAUAGCGAAAUAUCGUGGACUUCAAAGCCGAUGGGAUGCAUCAGCCAGUCGUAUGCCUGGACCUGAUUACUUCAGUAACAUUCAUUAUGGGGCAGGUGAUGAACGAGGAACAGAAGGUGACUUUCUAGGUAGCUUUUGUCUGGAAAGAAAGAUCGAUCUAACAGGAUACAUAAAGUGGUGGGGAGUCAACAAAACCCGUCAACCAGAAUCUUCAUCAAAAGCAUCAGAGGAUGCAAGGGUCGAAGAUGCGGGUACUGAGCUUAAAACACUGGAACACACAUCUCAGGCAACAGAACCAUACAAAGCGCCAAACCUUGGUGUCCUUCGUGGCUCUCAGAGAAAAGAAAAACAAAUAUCAUCACCAUCCCCCACCUCUUCUGCCUUAAGCAUUUUGUCUGAGUCUCCUGCUUUCAAGAGCCUGGAGGAGAAAGUACUGAAGAUACAAGAAAGCAGCACAAGAGAAAACGAUGAGAAUGCAAACCGUAACAUCAUCAAUAUGGAGAAGAGUCACGGCAAGGAAAUAGAGAAACCAGUCGUGAGUCACGGAGUUGCUCUAGGCGGUGGUGCUGCUGCUGUUUUGUCUCUUCAGAAAAGCAUGUACCCACUUACCUCUCUCUUAACUGCUCCAUUGCUCACCAACUACAAUACAUUGGAUCCCCUUGCAGACCCUAUUCUUUGGACACCAUUUCUUCCCCCUGGAUCAUCUCAUACUUCAGAGGUGACGAAGACAGAGACAAGUUGUUCCACAUACAGCUACCUCCCACAAGAGAAGUGA